AUAUUCCCAUUUCCCAUUGCUUCUCUGCAAUUCUUCUUCUUCUUCUUCUUUCUCUUCUCGCCGAUGGUGAAGUUCUCCAAGGAACUGGAAGCUCAGCUCAUACCGGAAUGGAAGGACGCAUUUGUCAAUUACUGGCAACUGAAGAAACACGUCAAAAAAGUUAAGCAAUCGAGGAAUCCGAAGCAGGCUCCGGAUCCGAACCCCGAUUUCGGGAGAUCCAUAUUCGACCCGAUUCGGAGUCUUGUAGGGAGAUCGGCGGGUCGGGCUGCCGCCAACCCGGAUAUAAUCAAUAAGGUCACCAGAAAACUCACUGCUACUGUUGAAGAAGAUGGAGAAGAAGAACACGUUUAUGAAACUGAGCUUGUUCAGCUCUUCUCUGAAGAAGAUGAGGUGGUGGAGUUCUUCGAGAUGUUAGACGACGAGCUGAAUAAAGUGAAUAAAUUUUACAAAAAUAAAGAGACUGAAUUUAUGGAAAGAGGGGAAUUACUGAAUAAGCAGCUUCUGAUAUUGUUGGAUUUGAAGAGAGUACUCGUCGAUCGGCGCCGGAAAAGGUCCGGCGCCGGCGCCCGAUAUAUGUCGCCGGACAGGAGUUCGGAUUUUUCCGUAAACUGGACAGAAUGGCAAAGCGAGUCCGGCGACACCUCGCCGGCGUCGGAAUCUCAGUCGGAGGAUGUGAUCGCCGCCCUGGAAAAGAACGGAAUCAGCUUUGUGAACUCGGCGACGCGAGGGAAGACGAAGGGCGGGAAGCCGAGGAUGGCGAUGAGGAUCGAUAUUCCGGCGACGACGCCGACGCGGACGAUCGCCGCCGUGACGUCGAUGCUGUGGGAGGAUCUGGUGAACAACCCUAAGAAAGCUCCGGCGGAGUAUGUGAACCGGAAGAAGAUUCAGUAUGCCGAGAAGAUGAUCAGAGGGGCAUUUGUGGAACUUUACAGAGGCCUUGGCUUGCUCAAGACUUACAGCACACUCAACAUGGUGGCUUUCACAAAGAUCCUCAAGAAGUUCGACAAGGUAUCGAAGAGCCACGUGUCGCCAAGCUACCUCAGAGUGGUGAAAAGCUCUCAUUUUAUUAGUUCCGACAAGGUGGUAAGAGUAAUGGACGAAGUGGAGUCGUUAUUCACGAAGCACUUUGCCAACAGUGACAGGAAAAAGGCCAUGAAGUUCCUCAGCCCUCAUUACAACAACCAAGAUUCCCAUUUCGUUACAUUCUUUGUCGGGUUGUUUACAGGGAGUUUUGUAACGUUGUUCAGUGUGUAUGCAAUAUUGGCGUAUGUUAGCGGGCUGUUCUUGUCUGCAAAUGGAAAUGAAGCUGCUUAUAUGGAAACUGUCUAUCCUAUUUUCAGCAUGUUUGCGCUUUUGAGCUUGCACUUAUUCAUGUACGGGUGCAAUUUGUUUGCGUGGAAAGCGACGAGGAUUAAUUACAACUUCAUCUUCGAGUUUCAGCCCAAAACCGCCCUUAAGUACCGCGACGCUUUCCUCAUUUGCACUUGUCUAAUGACAUAUGUCGUUGGCUCAAUGGUCGCUCACCUUAUCUUGCUCUGCAUUGGCUUCUCUCCUCACCAAGUCGAUUUUAUUCCCGGGAUUCUCUUGCUGAGUUCGAUGAUUCUUUUGGUAUGUCCUCUAAAUAUUUUCUAUCGGUCGACGAGGUUUUGUUUCCUUAAAGUGAUUCGCAACAUUGUAUUCUCUCCUCUUUAUAAGGUUGUGAUGGUCGACUUCUUCAUGGCGGAUCAAUUAACUAGUCAGAUCCCAUUUUUCCGGCACAUGGAAUCGGCGGCAUGUUAUUUCAUCGCGGGGAGUUUCAAAAUGCACGAUUACGAGACAUGCAAGUCGGGCAAGCUUUAUCGGGAGUUUGCAUACAUAAUUUCCUUCGCGCCAUACUAUUGGCGCGCAAUGCAAUGUGCAAGAAGAUGGUUCGACGAGGGAAAUGUCGACCACCUCGCCAAUCUGGGGAAAUAUGCAUCGGCCAUGGUGGCGGCGGGGGCGAGGCUAACGUACGAGAGGGAGAAAUCGUCGCACCUAUGCAUGGCAAUUGUUUUGGUGACCUCGGUCAUGGCCACCGUAUAUCAAUUGUAUUGGGAUUUCGUCAAAGAUUGGGGAUUGUUCCAUCCAAAGUCGAGAAAUCCGUGGCUUAGAGAUGAUCUUAUACUCAAGAGUAAAUGGCUUUAUUACGCAUCAAUCGUUUUGAACUUUGUUUUGCGUAUUUUGUGGGUCGAGACUCUUUUGAGGUUCAAAGUCGGGAUGUUCGACUCGCGCUUGAUUGAAUUUCUUCUCGCAUCGUUGGAGGUCAUUCGAAGAGGCCAUUGGAAUUUCUACAGAUUGGAAAAUGAGCAUUUGAACAAUGUGGGAAAAUUCAGGGCCGUUAAGACGGUUCCACUGCCGUUCCGUGAGACUGACUCGGAUGGGUGAAGUUACUAUCGGCUCCCUACAUGCAAACAUAGUGGUGGACUAGGGAUUGGUUUACUGGGAGGGGUAGGAAAGUCUUUUCGGUCCAUCAACGGUGGAAAUGACGGAAAGAUCUGCCGCAAAAGUGGCGCGUAUGGCUCGGGAAAAGGACAACACGGCCGUGUUUCCUCCCGACUGCAAGUUAAGAAAUUUUAUUGCACAAAUUGAUGUAUUUUUGGAUUGGUCGUAUUAAUCUUGUAUUUUUUAGGAAUAAAUGUGACAUUGUAAUUAAAUGAAAAUUUUUAUUUAUGGUCAAGUGGUAAUUUUAAUGAGUGGUUAUUUACUUCUAGCAA